AUGGAGAUCCAGAGUUUCUGCCACAGUGCUGAUGAUUUGAAGGGCAUUAUGCGCUGUUUGGUUGAAUCUUUGAUGGUGGAGACUGCUCUUCUUGCACGCAAGUCUCUUCUUUUACUACUUCUGCAGAUUGGGUCUUUGCCUGACGAUCAUGACAUAUUUCAAAACUCAGUGAAAACAUAUCAGAGAUUUCCUUCUUUUAUUGUUUUCUCUAUGGUCACGGUAUGGGGGAUGGAAAGUGAUAGGGCAGUGAGACUGCAUUUCAGGUUUCCAAUGUCCGAACUUAAUAAAGUGAAAGAGCCUGAUGCUGAAAACAACGAUGCAGGUGAAACAGAGGAUGAUGAUGACGAUGAUGAUGAUGAGGACAGUGAUGAUGAUGAUGAAGAUGAUGGUAAUGAUUCAGAAGAAGAGAGCGAUGAUGAUGAAGAGGAUUCGGAUGACGAGGGUGAGGUUGAGGCUAAUGGCGAUGGGGAAAGCGAUGACGAUGACGACGACGACGAUGAAGACGAUGAGGAUGAUGAGGAUGAUGAUGAUGAUGAUGAUGAAGAGGAUGAUGAUGAUGAAGAGGAUCAUUACCAGCUACCGUCGACAAGAAAGAAGUGA